GCCAUGAUCCGCCAGGAGCUCUCCACAUCCUACCAAGAGCUGAGUGAGGAGUUGGAUCAGGUGGUUGAGAACUCAGAGCAGGCGGACGAGCGGGAAAAGGAGGCGGUCAAAGUCCAGGGUCCAGGGAUCUUACCAGCCCUGGACAGCGAGUCCGCCUGCAGCAGCAUCCGCUUUAGCAAGGCCUGCCUGAAGAACGUCUUCUCCGUGCUGCUCAUCUUCAUCUACCUGCUGCUCAUGGCCGUGGCCGUCUUCCUGGUCUACCAGACCAUCACGGACUUUCGUGAGAAACUCAAGCACCCUGUCAUGUCGGUGUCUUACAAGGAGGUGGAUCGCUACGACGCCCCAGGCAUUGCCCUGUACCCCGGUCAGGCCCAGCUGCUCAGCUGUAAGCACCAUUACGAGGUCAUUCCACCUCUGAAGAGCCCCGGCCAGCCAGGAGACAUGAACUGCACCACCCAGAGGAUCAACUACACAGACCCCUUCUCCAAUCAGACCCUGAAAUCCGCCCUGAUUGUGCAAGGGCCCCGGGAGGUGAAGAAGCGGGAGCUGGUCUUCCUGCAGUUCCGCCUGAACCAGAGCAGCGAGGACUUCAGCGCCAUCGAUUACCUCCUCUUCUCUUCUUUCCAGGAGUUCCUGCAAAGCCCAGACAGGGUAGGCUUCAUGCAGGCCUGCGAGAGCGCCUAUUCCGGCUGGAAGUUCUCGGGAGGCUUCCGCACCUGGGUCAAGAUGUCCCUGGUGAAGACUGAGGAGGAGGACGGGCGGGAGGCAGUGGAGUUCCGGCAGGAGACCAGCGUGGUUAACUACAUUGACCAGAGGCCAGCGGCCGAAAAAAGCGCUCAGUUGUUUUUUGUGGUCUUUGAAUGGAAAGAUCCUUUCAUCCAGAAAGUCCAAGACAUAAUCACCGCCAAUCCUUGGAACACGAUCGCUCUUCUCUGUGGGGCCUUCUUGGCAUUAUUUAAAGCUGCAGAAUUUGCCAAACUGAGCGUGAAGUGGAUGAUCAAAAUUAGGAAGAGGUACCUUAAAAAAAGAGGUCAGGUAACGAACCACAUAAGCUGAAGUCGCUUGCAUUGUUCGUAGGACUGCCCGAGUUCAUGGAAGUUCUCAUCACUUCUGCUUUGGUAAACCUAGCUGCCAGCAAUCCUGUCCUCACUUGAAGAAACGGGCCUUGCUGGGGGGCCUGCCUGUCACACUGCAGCUUCUAACUGGUCCUCAGAGAGACUGUCUAGAGCCCAAUGGAACAGAUCCAAUGGAUGACCUUAACCGUUAUUUAAGUAUUUAAAUUAUUAAUGAACAUUUUUUGACAUAUGACAUGAAUAGGGUUUGUGGAAGAUGGAAUUAGAUAUAAUCCAGUUUCCUGAAGGUUUUUGGAAGCUGCCUGCCUUCUCGGUUUGGUGUAUAGUUAAGGUCUAACAGGAUGAUUAAGGCUCUGACCUUAGGUUUUUUUCUUGAGAUUUUUUUAAAAUGGACAGGAGAGAGUGAUUUUCUUCUCCCCCACCAGUGACUCUUUGGGUGUGGAGGUCGUGCUGUGGAACCGGUGUACCGUGUGUGAGAAAUGCAAAACCCCUCAUGUCUCUGGUGCCAUCUGCCAGCCCCUGACACGCUCUCUUGUUUAAUAUUAAAUGAGACUUUUUUUUAAA